AUGGAUCACAUCUGGCUCUGUGUUUUACCAUUAUUGAGUAUCCUCAUCUACUGUGGUCACUCUCAAGACAGACCUGUUGCUGUUCUGACCCUCCAACCCAACUGGACCCAGAUAUUCAGAGGAGAGACUGUCACUCUCAGAUGUGACAUACAGGGGGGAGGAGACACUGACUGGGAGUACAAUUGGAACAUUAAUCAUAACAAAUCUGAAUACAGAAUCAGUCCUGUCGACACAUCUCAUACUGGGUCAUAUACCUGUCAAGGGGUAAAAGGAAAGAGGUCCUCCAAAUUCAGUAAUGAUUUAAAACUGCACAUAUCUACAGAUCGACCCAAGGCUGUCCUGAGUAUCUCUCCUCAGUGGAUGAACUCUGGAGACUCAGUGACUCUGAACUGUGAAGUUAAAGAGUCGUCUACAGGCUGGAGGUUCUCCUGGUACAAGACUGUUCCCUACAGAGCUGGGUUACCCUCUCUAUUGGACAAGCCCUACUCUGUAGAGCCCCUAUCUGGAUAUGGGACUACUGAAGAGUCUUACACUCGGAGUCCUGCUGGUCCUACUGACACAGGAGGAUAUGUGUGUAAAGCUGGGAGAGGAGACCCAGUCUAUUACACAGACUACAGUGAACCUCAGUUUCUCUGGUCAGGAGAUCUGCAGUCUUCAGUGUCUCUCAGAAUAAGUCCCAACAGAACUCAACACUUUACAUCAAAGUCUCUCUCACUGAUCUGUGAUAUGAAGGGGAACUCUACUGGAUGGAGACUGAUGAGAUACACAGAGACAGGAGUGGAGUCAGGGUGUUCCCCUAACUGGGGAUCAAUAACAGGGUCCACAUGUACCAUCACCUCCACAGACACAGGGGACAGUGGAGUGUACUGGUGUGAGUCUGGAUCAGGACAGUACAGUAAUGCUGUCAACAUCACAGUGUCUGUUAUAUCUCCUGGUUCCUCUAAACCAGACCUAGUGGGAGUUGUGGGUCUAGUUGUUGCUGCUGUUCUACUGACCAUCUUCCUGGUCCUGUUGAGUCUAUAUAAACACAACAAAGGUUCCUCUUCCAAAAAUUGUUUCUGGCCCAUCCAUCCCCAGAGCACCAACCAGGACCCCCAACAGGACCAAGGAUCUACCCAGGUUCAGUCUCCUGAUGCUGUGUAUACAGAUUCUGCUGGUGUUUCUGCUGCUGAUGGGUUCAGUGAUGUGACAUACGCCCUUAUUCAACUCAAAAAGCCAGGCCAAAUGAAAAAAGAACAGUCAGCCGAUCCAAAAGAAAACUCAGUCUACUCUGUGGUGAACAUAGUGAAAGUCACUGCAUCUGGACCCAUUGAUGUGACCAAUGCUCAGAUUGUCCAUAAAAAGGUCAAAGCCAAUAAAGCUUCAUCGAUCGUCGUCGCUGGUCUUCUAGCUGCCACCGUCCCAGUUCCUGACUGCACACGAACACAGCCCUGGACAAUCAUUACACACACCUGAUUCCACUUCCAUCAUGUCUAUUUAACUUCCUCGUUCCUCAGCUUCCCUGUCCAGUAUUGUUUAGUGUCAGUGUGUUUCAGUGUUUUGUAACCUUUUGUUUUGCAGCAUUGUAUUGUGUGUUUGGCCCAUAUAAGUGCUCUGUGCCUUUAUUAAAACGCUUGGCACUUUCCUCCUCUGCGCCAGGUUCUUGCGAACCCACACCA